CUGGGUCUAUGGGGGUGUGUGAUGAUAAUAAUACGCAGGCCUUAUAUAACUGCAUCUUGCAAAGCACUUCGCAGACAGUCCCCAAUGAAUCUUGGAGCUGGUGUCAGGCUGGGGCAGCUUUAUCUGCAAGUUGGAAAUCCGAGGCCCAGAGGCCAGGAGGGAGGAGGGCGGUGGGGAUCAGAGGCCAGGCCUCCCAGGCUCCUGGAGCCCCUCAGAGGUCAGGGCGAUAAGGAACAAUGAGUUUCCCAUUCUGGAGGAGGAAGGAAGUCCCGCUGCCACCUAAUCUCUGCCCCCCUGCCUCCUCCCUGCUCCCAGAACCUUUUCUCUGGAGAGGACUUUGAAGGCGGCUUCUGUGCUGAGGGCCAGCUGCCAUCAGCUGCAGAAAGUGAAUUUGGCAAAUGACAUGAAGGCUCUUGGAGACAGAAUCGUCACAGGGAAGCUUCAAAGGACCCCAUCCGCAGAUGUUCUGAAAAACCUCUGAGUCUAGAAAUUGAUUAUUCAACCAGGAUAUCUAAUUCAAGAACUCAGAAGACAGACGUUUUGUCAGCUUUGGAACCUUGGACCAAGUACAAUGAAGUGUGCUUGCUGGGCUCUGCUGCUGGCUGUUCUGGGCACAGAAUUGCUGGGGAGCUUGUGUUCCGCUGUGCGGUCCCAGAGGUUCAGAGGAAGGAUACAGCAGGAGCGGAAGAACAUCCGACCCAACAUUAUUCUCGUGCUCACCGAUGACCAGGACGUGGAGCUGGGUUCUCUGCAAGUCAUGAACAAAACGAGAAAGAUCAUGGAGCAUGGUGGGGCCACCUUCACCAAUGCCUUUGUGACCACACCCAUGUGCUGCCCGUCGAGGUCAUCCAUGCUCACGGGGAAGUAUGUGCACAACCACAACGUCUACACGAACAACGAGAACUGCUCCUCUCCCUCGUGGCAGGCAAUGCACGAGCCUCGGACCUUUGCUGUGUAUCUCAAUAACACUGGCUACAGAACAGCCUUUUUUGGAAAAUACCUCAAUGAAUAUAAUGGCAGCUACAUCCCUCCUGGGUGGCGAGAAUGGCUUGGAUUAAUCAAGAAUUCUCGUUUCUAUAAUUACACUGUUUGUCGCAACGGCAUCAAAGAAAAACAUGGAUUUGAUUAUGCAAAGGACUACUUCACAGACUUAAUCACUAACGAGAGCAUUAAUUACUUCAAAAUGUCUAAGAGAAUGUAUCCCCAUAGGCCCGUUAUGAUGGUGGUCAGCCACGCAGCGCCCCACGGCCCUGAAGACUCCGCCCCACAAUUUUCAAACCUGUACCCCAAUGCCUCCCAACACAUAACUCCAAGCUAUAAUUAUGCACCGAACAUGGACAAACACUGGAUCAUGCAGUAUACGGGUCCCAUGCUGCCCAUACACAUGGAGUUCACCAAUGUCCUCCAGAGAAAACGACUCCAGACUCUGAUGUCAGUUGAUGACUCUGUAGAAAGGCUACACAACAUGCUUGUGGAGACAGGCGAGCUGGACAACACUUACAUCAUCUACACUGCUGACCACGGGUACCACAUUGGACAGUUCGGACUGGUCAAGGGGAAAUCCAUGCCGUAUGACUUCGACAUCCGCGUGCCUUUCUUUAUUCGUGGUCCAAGCAUAGAACCAGGGUCGAUAGUCCCCCAGAUUGUCCUGAACAUUGACCUAGCCCCCACCAUCCUGGGUAUUGCAGGGCUCGACACUCCCCCUGAUAUCGAUGGCAAGUCUGUCCUCAAACUUCUAGACCUGGAAAAGCCAGGUAACAGGUUUCGAACAAACAAGAAGGCCAAAAUUUGGCGUGAUACGUUCCUAGUGGAAAGAGGGAAAUUUUUACGAAAGAAGGAGGAAUCCAGCAAGAAUAUCCAACAGUCAAACCACUUGCCCAAAUAUGAGAGGGUCAAAGAACUGUGCCAGCAAGCCAGAUACCAGACAGCGUGUGAGCAGCCAGGGCAGAAGUGGCAGUGCAUUGAGGACACAUCUGGCAAGCUUCGGAUCCACAAGUGUAAAGGACCCAGCGACCUGCUCACCGCCCGCCAGAGCACGCGCAACCUCUACUCCCGCGGCUUGCAGGACAAAGACAAAGACUGCCAUUGUAAGGUGUCUGCUUAUCGGCCCAGCAGAAGCCAGAGAAAGAGUCACAGGCAGUUCCUGAGGAACCAAGGAACACCAAAGUAUAAGCCCAGAUUUGUGCACACCCGGCAGACUCGGUCCCUGUCGGUUGAAUUUGAAGGCGAGAUAUACGACAUAAACCUGGAAGAAGAAGAAUUGCAAGUGUUACCGCCAAGGAGCAUUUCUAAGCGCCACGACAAGGGCCACCAGGCUGCCGGCGGCGACAUCGGGAACGAGAUGCUGGCAGACAGCAACGAUGCGGUGGGGCUGCCCACCACCGUCCGUGUGACGCACAAAUGCUUCAUUCUUCCCAAUGAUACGAUCCAUUGUGAGAGAGAGCUGUAUCAGUCAGCCAGAGCGUGGAAAGACCACAAGGCCUACAUCGAUAAGGAGAUUGAAGUUCUGCAAGACAAAAUUAAGAAUUUAAGAGAAGUAAGGGGACACUUGAAGAAACGGAAGCCUGAGGAGUGUAGCUGCAGCAAGCACAGCUAUUACAACAAAGAGAAAGGUGUAAAAAGGCAAGAGAAGUUAAAAAACCAUCUUCACCCUUUCAAGGAGGCCGCUGCUCAGGAGGUGGACAGCAAACUGCAGCUCUUCAAGGAGAACCGUCGGAGGAAGAAGGCGAGGAAGGAAAAGAAACGCCAGAGAAAGGGAGAGGAGUGUAGCCUGCCCGGCCUCACCUGCUUCACACACGACAAUAACCACUGGCAGACUGCCCCAUUCUGGAACUUGGGAUCUUUCUGCGCGUGCACGAGUUCUAACAAUAACACAUACUGGUGUUUGCGUACGGUGAACGAGACACACAAUUUUCUCUUUUGUGAGUUUGCUACCGGCUUUCUGGAGUAUUUUGACAUGAACACAGAUCCUUAUCAGCUUACAAAUGCAGUACACACGGUAGAGCGGGGUGUUUUGAACCAGCUACACAUACAGCUAAUGGAGCUCCGAAGCUGCCAGGGUUAUAAACAGUGCAACCCAAGACCCAAGAGCCUUGACGUCGGAACUAAAGAUGGAGGAAGCUAUGACCUACACAGAGGACAAUUAUGGGAUGGAUGGGAAGGUUAGUCGGCCCAGCGUUGCUUCAGACACCAACUGGCAAGGCCUGGAGGAGUUAUCCAGUGGGAAUGGUAACCCUGAUGAGUACAGACUUAACCCUAGACUGAGUCUGGAACACUGGACUAGUCCCCUGAAGGCUGUAGAUAGAACACUCGCACUGCCGAACAGUCACUCUGACCAAAACAAAGCAGAUGGGACUCCAACUGCUCAAAGCGGAGGCUUCCCAGUCGCCUCUGCCGAGCUCUUGGUGUCAACAGAAAUGGCCUCUGCAGAGUCAGGUGAAGACCCAAGUCACGUGGUUGGGGAAACACCUCCGUUGACCUUGCCAGCCAACCUCCACACCCUGUAUUUGAACAGACCAACUUUAAGUCCAGCGAGAAAACUUGAACGGAACAAUGACAUUCCAGAAGCGAAUCAUUUGAAUUCUGAACACUGGAGAAAGAGUGAAACUAAAGAGCUGAUUGGAUGGGAGGAGAGCCACCAUCUUGAAGGUGACGUCAGUGGCAAUGUCGUGACAGAGCUGGUGCUCUGGUCUCAUCGCAGGCUGCAGCCCAUCAGCCAGCAUCACCGAGAACGUCACCAGGAUGAGGAGCCGGAAGAGGACGGGUUUGAAGAGCAGCUGCAUCCUCAUGUUCAUCAUGUGUUCAGCGUGUCCGGUGUGGAGCAGCCUACUCACUCCAGCCACACAGAGACAACAUUGACCAAGAUGCAGAAGGACGACACAAAGGAAUGGAUACUCAAUCUAGAAGGCAGUGCCUCCUCUCCACUCACCUCUGACUAGAUAAAAUGUUGCCUAAACCUUUCUACAUUUGUAUUAGUAAACUAGUGGUGGCAAUCGUAACUGCCAACAUUCUGAGCUCCCCUGGGAACAUUUGCACAGUAGAAAUUCGUGCACACGUGUGUGGGUGGGUGAUGCUCACACAUGGACUCGUUGAAAUUCACUGUUUUCCCAAGAAGAGGAAGGUGGGGGGCAUUUUCUGUUUUGUUGCUUUGUUUUUUGGUACUAAAACAGUAUUAUCUUUUGAAUAUUGUAGGGAUGUUCGUAUAUAAAGUCUAUCCAGUCGAAAUGGCUAGAAUUGUGCCUUUGUAAGUUUUGAAAGCUUGAUGCCCUUGGUGAAUCUGUCAAUAUAUCUUCCCUGCCUGCAUAAUGAAGUUUGGAUUCAUUUCUAACCACUGGAAUUAUUCAACAUCGUCAUCUUUGGUUCAGUGAUUUUGCACUUUGAGUUUGAAAUACUGUGUCUGCUUGGUUGGUAGUGUUAUUAUUUCUUUUCAAAAUGGGCUUAUCACACUGUUUGUCCUAGAUGGGACAAAGGAAUAGACCCCCAGCGAUGACGCACAGUAUGGAUCACAUAUUGUUUAAUGUAUGCUUUUUUCCCAGAAAACAUUGCAUGUAUUUUAUCCCUUGACGUGCUAAAAUUGUUUAGCAGAAAGGCAUGGCUCACAAUGUUGGUGGUAAAAAAAAAUU